AGGCUAUAUUGCCUCUCCUAUUAAAUCCAAAAUAAUAACACUAUAUUUUGUUUUCUUUUUUCCAAAUGUUCUAAUAAUAAUAAUCCAAAUCAAAUCUCAAAUUUUCUCUCUCUUUUGGUCUCUACCGAUUGAGAGAGAAAACUUUGAAACCAAUAUGCCUCGUCAUUCCUCGUCAUCAUCGUCUUCAUCUGAUAAUGAUUCUGAUAAAGAAGAUGAACGACACGUGGUCCGUUCCACCGCAGCAGCCGAGCCAAACCCACCACCACCACCACCGUCCGACCAACAUCAACCACCGGCUUCGGUUGUACCCGGGUACCCUCCGGUGAUGGGGUACCCCCAAUCCUAUUCCAACAAUAAUGGCUACCACCACCAUCCAUAUAAUCCCUACACUCAACCUCCGCCACCCCAUUAUUACACCAACCAAACAUACCCUUACGCCGCCAACACCAACAGCGGCGGCUCCUCCUCUUUCAUCAAGGGCUUUUUCGUCACAUUAAUACUUAUAAUUCUCCUGAUUUGCGUCUCCACCAUCAUAACAUGGAUCAUCCUACGUCCUCAAAUCCCCACCUUCCAUGUGGACAGACUUGAGGUGAACGACCUCAACUUAUCGAAGACUAAUUUCUCGGCCACAAUACAGGCCAACUUGACGGUAGAGAACCCAAACAAAAAGCUGAAAAUUAACUUCCAUGAAAUCAAGGGUUACGUUUUCUUCAGGGAGAGGUCGUUGUCGUCUUCGGAGGUUGACCCGAUAUUCUUGGAGACGGAGACACGUGGCACAAUGAGGUUGAGAGUGGUGAGCAAGGAGAAUAAGGAGGAUUUGAUUGGAGGGUGGGUGGUGGAUGAGAUGCGGCGGGAAAGAGAGCAUGGGUUGUUGAGUUUGAACGUGAGAUUGGCUGUGUUUGCGACGUUCAAGUCGAGUUCUUGGUGGACUAGGCAUGCCUAUAUGAAGGUGUUUUGUGAGCAUUUGGAUGUUCGAUUUGUGGGUUCUGCAGAUAAUGGAGUUUGGAUUGCUAAUAAUAAUUCUCCUAAAUGUGAGGUUUAUUAAUUUGAUUAAUGUUCUUCUUUUGAGUCAAAUUUUGUUUGUAUAGCUGCACAAUUUUAUUAAUUUACUAAGUAAAUAGAUGAAUAUCUCAUGUAUUUCCUUCUUAAUUUGUUAUUGAACUUUUAUUUGUACGACUCAUUUAGUUCUUCAGUAAUCUUACUAAAAUAGUUUUUUU